ACAGGGGAGGGGAGCUGGAGGAGCUCGGUACGCGCAGGGCGGCCGGAGCAGCAUGGCGGAAGACGAGAGCGAUCAGGAGUCAGAGAGGCUCGGCGAGGAACUCGAGGCCAUUGCCGGGCCGCGGCUUCCCACCGGCUUGUCCCCGGCCUUGAGCAGCCAGUAUUAUUGCUACCGCUUCUGCCAGGUGAGGCGCUGGCCCCGCCCCCUGGAGGCUGACACCUUGCGGGGUGGGGGUGGGCUGGGGAGGCGGACAGAAGGACAGGGGCGGCCGGGGAGGAAAAGCUGCUCGGCGUCGGGUCCCCUGCGGGUGGUUCUCUUGGAGGCGCUUCGCGGGGGCGGACCAACCGCCGGAGGGGGCGACGCUGAGGGCCCCUUUCUCGGCCAAAGCGAGGCGCCGUUCUCCGGGCCCCUGUUCGCUCCCCCCACCCCUCACGGGCGACGACCGGGCGCUUGGGAAGCUCCUUCAUUUUCUCUCCCAUUCCUCUAGUCUCCCCUCAGGUCAGUUUCUCCCCUCGGGAAUAGCGAGGUUCACGAGCUCGUGGUUGGCCCUCCCUUCUUUUAUUGUGAGAGGGAACAGUGAUUUGUGUGGGGUGUCAACAGUGGAGCUCGGCCUGACCUUUUCAUUCCCCCCCCCUCCCUUCCUGGCGCUGUCGCGGUGGGGGUGCUGGGGAGGAGGGAGGGAGGGAGCUUCUCUCCCCGCCCUCUCCGCCCGCCGGUCGGGCAGUUAGUUUGUUGCCAGGGUGGCGCGCGGGGGUCCCCGUGAGGUCAGGGCUUGGCGGAGGGGGUGCGAGUUGUUUGCAAGUGGUGAGGCAAAAAGGAGCAGGAGGAGACAGAUAGGUUUGUUCUCCUCCGGGGAAAGUCUUUCCUGGCCUGUCCUUCCUAUCUUUUAAUAAUAAUAAUAAUAAUAAUAAGGCUUCCUUGCCACGGGAGAAAAAAAAAUGCGGUCCGAGGAAAAUGGUUGGUGGCAAACUAGUUUGCGUUGCUGGUGCUGUUUGUUAGGAGAGGUAGCUGUCCCUGAAGGCUUUUGUUCCCUGGGGAAGAGGAAGAAGAGGAGGACCAUGGUUGGUUGAGUGGUCUUGUUUUAUUAAUCAACUGCUUGGUUCGUAUUAUUUGAAACAUCGCUCGGCUGCUAUUUCUACAAGGUAUCUUAUGACACAAACAGCGCUGUGCAGUGCGUGCUUGAGGUGAAGUUCACCCUAUUUAGCGAAACUUACUUGCAGGUGUGUAUGCUCAUUGGAAUCAAUCAGGGUUUUUUCCCCCUCCUGGAGUCAAUUGUUCUAAUGAAUUAUUUGCUUAAUUUUGAAACACUUGCUGUUCAACUAUUUACCAGGUUUGGAACAUUUUUAAAGCAGUUUCAAGAGCCUAAAGAUGAUAAAUGACAGCUAAAUGUCAUUGCUACAUUGUUUGCAUUUUUGUAGGUUGCUUGUAUAUAAGGCAACAGCAAUUCAAAAUUGACUGGAUGGCAAUGUAUUGACUUGGUGGCCAAAUAAAAAACAAUUUUUGCUAUUCUUAUUUUGUAUUUAAAUUAUUUGGGAUGGACUCCUGUUACCCGCUUACCUGGAAGUAAGUGAACUCAUUGAGUUUUAAUUCUGACUAUAGACAUGUUCAUAUGGGGUUGUUAAUGCAAAGGUAAUCAGAAGAUAGCUUUUAUUUCACGCUGGCCAUACAUUUUAUAUAAAUAGUAUAUCAAAUGCUUGACUAGUAGAUUAUUGUAAACACCAUAGCUUUGUAACCUGUGUUAGGCACUUUUGAUUGUGGUGUAGUGACAAGAACAGGCAGAAGCUCACAACUGUAACUAUAUGCUAGGUGCUUCUCUCCCCUUCCCUAAUAGCAUGCAGACAGAAAAAAAAUGCCAGUGUAUAAAAUGCUAUGCUUUGGAGUAAGACUGCUGAUAGAAACUAACUUGCAAAUCUUUAGCUAGCUACAUCUUGUGUGCUGAUACCCUUUAAAGAAUCCUUUCUGUAAUCCUUUCUUCGUAGCUUUUGAUUUUUAAUAACUAGAUUUAAUAGGACUGUUAAUGGCCCAAUAUUUGUUUCUCUUUCAUUCCCCAUUCUUUCAAACACAUAGAUUCUAGGCACUGAGAGUUCAUCUAUUCCACACAUACAGUGCUAUGUUAGUUGGUGAAAAAUCUGGUUGGCAUGGUAAAACUUGCAGUUUUAAACAGUCUUCAUUGAUAAACAUUUAGACUUCCAAAUCAGUGUGUUUAGGGCUGGAAUGGAAAUCUACUUAACCUGCCUUUCUAUUUUUUAUUGGCUUCAUAUCCUCCAUUUUCUGUUUAAACCAGGCAGUGUUGUGCCUUUCCACUGUCACUGUUUCCUUGGCUCUUUUCUCAUACAAGAUCUGUCUUGUCUUGUAAGGUGUAUUUUUCUCUGUCUCUGGUGUGAGGAGGCUUAGGUAUGGAAGGCCUUGCUAGCUGCUUCGGCCAGGCAGUGUUGCAAACUCGCUUGUGCACUCAUUGUGUACAACCCUGUGAAUAUGUUCCUGACUGGUGUAGAGUGGUUUUAAAAUGAUAUACAAAGUUACUGAAUUAUUACUAUAAAUUUCCACAAUUUGAUGCUAAGGGUAAAGUAGUUGGUAUAAAAUGACAAUUUUAAUAAAUUCCAAUAACACAUACAUUGCUGUGUGCUUGAUAUGGAAAAGUGUGUGGCUAUUAAUUUGCGUGAGUCUGACUGUCAUAUAUGUGUAUUGACAAGCAGUACCUUGCAGUCAAGUUUUUUUUAUAUAAAAAAAAAACCUUAAGAAAAAUGAUGCCUUAAACUGGAAGGAGGAGACAGUGUUAUUACAAGAAAGCAAUAGUGAAACAGAGCUAAAGGAAGCUGUGCUUUUUCAUGGCUACAAUUCCUAUUCCUUAUCAAAUGGGACUGGAGGAUUUAGUUGUCAUAACUAGCUUACGCGUAAGCAACGGGUGUUCCUAACUUUGACAUUGAUUUUGCAAUUUGAUGUUGAGUAACACACCUGUUCAGUUAGUAAUGUUUGUAGGUAGAAGAUAUGCAUAACACAUUUCGGGAUCCAAGUUUGGAGCUGGUUUUUAGUCUUUGGGCAUUUUAGUUUACAUGAACAUAAUCUGAUUAAUAUUAUUCUACUAAAAUAUUUCCUUGAUGGUAAGUACUUUAUGGCAGGUGCUCAUUUACCUUGCAAGCUCUGAGUUCUGAAAUUUGAGGUAGGCCUUUAUAGGAAUAGUGAACUUAGCUGCUACUUACAGGAUUUCUUAUUUUCAUCAACUACUCCCUUUAGCUAGAGCUGACUAUAUUUUUGCAGCAUCUUAGCAAUACUAUCCUGUUUUCAUAUACAAGAUUCUGGCUGGAAUCCUGUGCAUACUUAUCAACAAGCAAGUCCUACUGAACACAGUGGGAUUUGGUAGAAUUGCACUGUUUGUCUCAUUUCUCAGUAGAUGCUGAGUCUUUUAAAUAACUUCUGAAGACCAAGAGUUAAAAGGGCAUUUUAAACAGCUUUGUGUUUAAUAACUCACCAGGAAGGUGUGUAUGUAAUUUUGUUCCCCCUCAGCCAGUCUUAUUGGUUUCCAUGUUGUCUGAGGAGAAAAAGAAGUCUUUCAACUAGCAUAACUGAUAAAAAGCUAGUUAGUAUCUUGUGUUCCCGUGCUGAUCAUAGAGAAAGGGGCUUCCCUUGCUCUGCAGCUAUCAUGGGACCAGGCUACUGGCUUCUUCCUGUGUUCCUUGACUUUUAAAUAGUGCUACAAUAUGUUCUUUGCUUUCAUAGUGAAAGGUGCAUUCAUGAUUGUUAAACUUGUAAAUCAUAAAACAAGUAGUUCUGCAGAUGUUGCUGGACUACAGAUCCUACCAUCCCUAUUGGCCAUUCCAGCUCGGGUUUGUAGGAUUUGGAUUCCAGCCACAUCUGGAAGCCCACAUGUUCCCCAUCUUGGCUGUAAACAUUUCUCCUACUUCUUCAUACAUUGUUUAACUGGCUGAUAAUCUGUAAGAGCAUAACUUUAAUAUCUUUGCUCUUGCUUAUAGUUGUUGGUUCAAAAUACCUUGUAUUUUUACAUUUUCUCCAUAACAUAUAAUUAUGUGUAUAUGCAAUAGAGUAACUUUGAAUUGCAAAUUUUAUCUCAUAGUAAAUCUAGCCUAUUGUAGACUGAGUGAGGAAAUAUAAAAGAGAAAACAAUUAAGCUUUUUUAAAAUAGUAUACUAUGCUAGAAAUGUCACAGAGUAGCCUUCAGCUCUUUACAGGCAGGUAAACCUCUGUGACCAAAGGACUACUUCAAGAUGUGCAGUUGAAGUGUAAGCUGGUUUUGGGUGCUGAUCUUUAGAUAAUGUGCUACAAGUAAAACAGCUAGUUCUUUAACAUCUAGACCUUCUUGGCUGCGAGUCCUAGAAGACCUGCUCUCUGCCUUGCAGGCCUUUUCCCACCUAGCCUGGGAGGGCAGGGCUCUGACUGACUCCAGCUGCAAAGGUUGAGGCUGCUAAGCAGACUCUUGGGUUAGGGUGUUGUUUAGGGCAGGCAUGGUCAAACUUGACCCUCCAGAUGUUUUGGGACUACAGUCCCCAUCAUCCCUGACCACUGCUCCUGUUAGCUAGGGAUGAUGGGAGUUGUUGUCCCAAAACAUCUGGAGGGCCAAGUUUGGCCAUGCCUGGUUUAGGGGUUUUGUUGGGGGUGGGGUUGUUGCAGUUUUUAAUAUAUUUUUUGUACCUUAUUUUAGAUCAUAUUAUGAUUUAUGUGGAAAUGGUUUAAUCUGAUUGUGUACUUUUUAUGUUUUUUAUGUUGUAAGCUGUCGUAAGCAUGGUUUUAACUUUGGAAAGGCAGCAUACAAAUAAAAUUAUGUAUAUAUGUAUGUGAUGCCAGGUGACUUAUACAGUGGAACCUCAUAUUACGUACCGCCCUCCUUACGAAUGCUUCGGGUUACGAGCUCCGCUGACCCGGAAGUAGAUGCUCCUGGUUAUGAACUUUGCCCCAGGAUGCAAGCGGAAGUCGCACGCUGGCGGCGCAGCAGCAGCAGGAAGUGCCAUUAGUGAAAGUGCGCCUCAUGUUAAGAAUGGUUUUGGGUUGCAAACGGACCUCCGGAACGGAUUAAGUUUGUAACCAGACGUGCCACUGUACCUUGUAGGUUGCUACCUGUUAUCAUGAAAUCAUCUCUCUUCUAGCCGAAUUCCUAAGUGAUAUUGGUGGGGGUAACAAGUGUCAUUUCAACCAUUCCCAUUGAUGAUGAUGAUUAUUUAUUAUUUAUAUCCUGCCCAUCUGGCUGGGUUUCCCCAGCCACUCUGGGCGGCUUCCAACAAAAGAUUAAAAGUACAUUAAAACAUCAGUCGUUAAAAACUUCCCUAAAUAGGGCUGCCUUCAGAUGUCUUCUAAACCUCAGAUACAGUGGAACCUCGUGUUACGGAUGGGAUCCGUUCCAGAGGCCCAUCCGUAACACGGAACUGACACAAGCCAAAGUGUCGAGUCUGCGCCCACGCACAGCGCGAUUUAGUGCUUCUUUGCAUGUGCGAGCAGCAAAACCCGGAAGUAACCCAUUCUGGUACUUCCUGGUUGCCGCGGGAUGCAACACGAAAACAUGUAAUCUGAAGCGGACGCAACAUGAGGUAUGACUGUAGUUGUUAAUUUCUUUGACAUCUGAUGGGAGGGCGUUCCACAGGACGGGCGCCACUACUGAGAAGGCCCUCUGCCUGGUUCCCUGUAACUUCGCUUCUUGCAGUGACGGAUCCGCCAGAAGGCCCUCGGUGUUGGACCUCAGUGUCUGGGCUGAAUGAUGGGGGGUGGAGACGCUCCUUCAGGUAUACUGGGCCCGAUGCCAUUUAGGGCUUUAAAGGUCAGCACCACCACUUUGAAUUGUGCUCGGAAACGUACUAGGAUUACGACUGCUGCAGUUAGUAUGGCCAUGUUAAAAAGAAUUAUAAAUUACUGCAGUAUUGUUUCUGGAGAAAAUGCAUGUCAUGCCUGCCAUCUAUUUAUGUUAAAAACAUAUAUGCUUAAUUUUUAUUAACAGAUUUGGAUCAAUUUAGUCCUAUCCAGCAAAAAAGCCUAUGGGAAGAAAUGGAAAUGGGACAUAAAUCAACCUCUUCACUGUGUGAAGCUUCAUUGGUUGUCUCCGGGAUUGGCUAGGCUCAUUUGACAGCAGCAAGAAAACAAGCCUUUAAUGUUAUUGGCCCUGUCCUAUGGAAAGCAAUACCAGUAAAGUUUCAGCAGACUUUAAUCUUUAAAUGUCUGCUGAACUUUUCUAUGCCACCAAGCAUAUUUAAUGUUUUUAUUAAAAUAAAUAAAUGAACACAGUUGAUUCAACCUCAUAAUCUACAUGCAAACACAGAUUCUGUCCCCUCUGUAGUUAAUAUGUUGCAUAUUCCAUUGUGUUUGCAAAUGCAAGGCACACUCAACAUAUUCAUUUAAAUACUGCUUUAAAUAUUAUUUGAACAAGUUGUGCAGCUUCUGCAAUAUAUACUUGAUGCUGAAUACCCUCCUCAUCACUAGACCUGGUAGUAAAAUAUUCAAAGCAGUAAAAACUGAAUGGGAGGAGUUGCCUUAUUCAAUGAUGGUCACUUCAUGUUGAUGAUCUCUAGCAGGCCACCCCACUGCCCUCCCUUCAAGUAUUCAUCCUCAUCCCCCCCUCCAACCACCCCUCCUGUCUUUAUUAGUCCAUCCGUCUUGUUGGAGGAUGUGUGGAAGAACUGCUUGUUACUAAAUGCCUGCAAGCACCUUUGUUCCCUCUCCCUGGCAAGAGCACACACCAGCUCGCUCAAAACAAAGAGCCCCAAAUAAGCAUUCCUUCCUAAGACUUGACCUUAUUGGUGCCGACAGGUAAAAUGAGAUUUCUAAGUGCAGUUUUUCAAAAGAUAAUUUGUUAAUAUGAUAUUUGAUCAGCAUUGAAGCCCACGCAUAUCCAUUAGGUUGGUGGUGGUCUACCUCUCACUCUUUGUUCCUUCUUUUGCUUUGUUUUCUCUUCAGGCUACCCUUUAUUUUCUAUUUCUUUGCUAUAUCUUGCUUGUUAGCUCUUUCUGAAUGUUAUGGAGAGGAUGGAUGCAAUGAGGUGGUGUGUUUAUAUCAAAUACAUAUUUAAAAAAUAAAUACAGUAAUGCUAUUUGGUGAAAGAAUUCCAGCCCGUCACUGAGAUGGGUAAUGAAACAUUCCAAAAGUAAAAAAAGUCAGGACAAAUAGUUGUUGGGUCCCUAGCCCCAGUAGUUUUUCUGUGUAUGUAGGCACACUUGUUUAUAUUGUGCCUGUGUUAGCAGUCCUCAGCUUCAUCCAGAUCUAGUUCUUGUUUAUCAGAGUUCCUGUCCUGUCUCAAAUUGUUGUAAUUUUUGGUAGCAAUUUUAUUGACCCUGACAGUGGACUGCCCAUUUGCCAAAUACAGUGGUACCUCUGGUUACAAACUUAAUUCGUUCUGGAGGUCUGUUCUUAACCUGAAACUGUUCUUAACCUGAAGCACCACUUUAGCUAAUGGGGCCUUGCCGCCGUGCAAUUUCUCUUCUCAUCGUGAAGCAAAGUUCUUAACCCGAGGUAAUAUUUCUGGGUUAGAGGAGUCUGUAACCUGAAGUGUAUGUAACCCGAGGUACCACUGUAUUACAAAAGAGAUCCCCAUGGCUUUGCAACUUGUUAGGAUUCCUCUUUGUUCUGAUUUUGACCAUAUUUAAUUUGUACUCUUUCUUCCCUUUUCCCCUGCCAAUAGGUUGUGGAAGACUAUGCUGGAAGAUGGCAGGUUCCUCUGCCACAGCUUCAAGUGCUUCAGACAGCGCUCUGUUGUUUCACAUCUGCUUGUGUAUCAUUCCCAACUGAUUGUGAGCACGUGCAGUAUGUGCUGAGUAGCUUAGCCUUGUAAGUAUUAUUAUUUCACUCUUCAUCCUGUAAGAUUCCAAUGUUGUGAACAAGUAAAAGUGCUAAACUAUAUCAUAAAAUAUAUAAUGAAACCAUAAAGAAUAGUUUGAGGCCUCAGCACACCUGUACAACUGGUUAAUAAAAAUGCCUGGGAAAAUAGAAACAGAACAACUUCAGCAGAACAUGUCAAAGCAAAAUAUUUGUUUCUCCUAUUUCUGUCCUAAUUUUCUGGAGUUAAUUUUCUGAGUUAAGUGUUGUGAAGAAGAUUAAUCUCUCAUUCCCCCCCCCCCAUGCAAAAAUCAAUGGUUGCUGUCAUAACCAUUUCACAAGUUUCAGUUUGUAAGUAACAAUAUCCUUCUGUGUGUUCACAUGUAAGGCUGGGAUUGGCCUAUAUAUAUUAUUGGGUGAUAGUUCUCAUUUUCCACAUGUUAAUUAAUCUAGCUCUAUGAUAGAUUUGGGGGGGUGGAUUUUCCCUUGUGAAUUUAAGACGUGAAACAGAGCUGAACAUUUCAUAGAAAAGCUAGUUUUAGAUGGGAUGGUGUUAUUACUAUUUUUAAAAGAAACUUAAUUGUUGAUAUGCCAUAUUAGGAUGUUUGCUUAUUUUAAAUUGGAAACCAGCUCAAGCACUUGAUAAACCUGCUUUGAGCAUUUUUUAAAAAAUGAUGAUCAAAAUAAUCUGUGAUCAGAUUGAAAUACCUUUUAUUUUUAAUCCCCUGUCUGCCUCACGUCUGCCACCUCUGUAAAUAGUUGUGUUCAGUUUGACUUGUGAGUCACAAGUUCCUGUACAGUCUCUGUUUUGAAAUACUGAAAGCUCAAUCUUGUCUCUUUUUGAUACAUAUCAACCAGUAUCAGCUGCCAGUGCAGAGUAUGUACUGGGUGUGGGAGAGGUUUUCCUUGGCUGGUGAAGACUAGGAGACACUUGGCUAGUUGCUGGCUGGAAUUACCAGUCUCUUCCUUAGGCACUGCACAUUAAAAAGCUCAAAUCUGUAGUUGGUCAAUAUUGAUGUAGUUUCUUUAAGUGUUCUAUACCUUAACUAGAUUUCCGUAUUUUUACAAUGAUGCUUCAGUACUUUUGUUCACCAUGGCAAGUAUGACACCUCUCUCUGAAGAAUGUAGCAAGCUGCCAGCCUUCCUCCCAACUUUGAAGCGGCGUAGGGAUAGAGAUAACCCUGGCAUUUACACAGAAAUCUCCAGCUUGAAGGUUUUGAGCAGGCAUAGGCAAACUCGGCCCUCCAGAUGUUUUGGGCUUACAGUUCCCAUCAUCCUUGACCACUGGUCCUGUUAGCUAGUGAUGGUGGGAGUUAUAGUCCCAAAACAUCUGGAGGGCUGAGUUUGCCUGUGCCUGGUUUUGAGGAAGAAUUUUGGCUUCCAGAUGUGUUCAUUUAUGCCUUUAAAUUUUGCCUGUGAACUAAAAUAAUCAGCACUUUUGUUUGAGGUACUGUUUGUGUCACGAAUGCCUUAGCAGAGGCUUGUAAAAGAAGUUACUUGUAUUUUUGGCAGGAAGGCCAAAAUGGAUAGUGAAACAUGUUUGGAACUUCCCUUGCAGAUUCCUGUAAGGGUUGCUUCUCAUAAUACCACAUGCAUUUGGGAUCAUUAGGUUAGAUUAUCCAGGAAGCUGGAGUUGACUGGCUCUCUCUCCUCUUAGGUUCCGCAGUCUUGAGGAUUGCCCACUGCGUAGCCAUUAUGAAGUUGAAUACUGAUAGGACUGAAUUAAUACUGACUGGCAAGCCAUGUGCAAUACGAGGGAAGGGAUAGUCAGAAUUAAUGCUGACUUCAUAGCAGAAAUGGGGAUUCUGUGGCCGUCCAGAUGCUGCUGAACUACAAUUAUUGUCAUCCCCAACCACUGAACAUUCUUGCUGGCAGGAGUUGGAAUUCAGGAGCUUCUGGACAGCCACAGGUUCCCAGUCCCUUCCUAUCUCAGUCACACAAGUUUCAUCUUCAUGAUACAUAAGUGAGAACAUAUGCUAGUGCUCUAGUAUAUUCAGUGGCUUCCUUAUGUGUUCUGAUGCAAUUCAGGGUGCUUGUUGAUAUAAAGCCCACAGGGGCUAGUGUCACAUUGGUGCUUAGUUUAAAAUUCUGCACUUAAAACUUGUGAACUAAAUAUGUCUUCAUUUUUUGCCUCGGUUUUGAUUCCUAAUUGCUUUGAUUUUUAGGAGUUUUUUUGAAUUGCUGCUGUUCUUUGGAAAGGAUGAAUUCUAUGAAGAUCCUUUAAAAGAUAUGCUGGGCUCAAUCCAGGUAAUUUAUUGUUCAUAUGUUUGAGGAAAGGCUAUUAUUACAGUUUUCAGAGUAUGUGACAGAGACUCAGUAAGCAAAAAGUAGCCUCCUGCUUUGAAAAAUCUUAAAAUUGAGAAAUGAGAUCACUGGUAAAUAUUUUAUGCUAUGAUCAGUAAGAUUAGCUUUUUAUGCUAAACUUCCCUAGGACAAGGAUGGCCAACUUUUUUCAGCCUGUGACUUUGGAUCCCACAGUUACAGUGUCGUGUCCUCACAUGCACACUGGGAAAGUACAGUAGAAAACAAUUUUUUAGUGCUAAAUGACAAGGUGCUUACAGGGAGCUGUCAAUUGGAAAUAAGCCUGAGAGUCACACAGCUUUUUGCCAGGCCAGUACCAUUCUCUGAUGUCUUUCUUGUAGCCUUUUCACUCACCAAGAACACUGAGCACUUAGGGCUUGCCUCCCAGCAUUGCCACUGCCAUCUCAGCCUUCACCCUGUGACGCAAUGAGAGAAUGUUGCAGAAGUCUCUGUGAUAUAUUUGUGUGCUGCUGGGGGUGUUGGGGAAGGAAAGCUUGAGAGAGCUAGUCAAGGUGCAUUGAGAAGGGUAACCUGAACACAUUACUGGCCAGCACUCUGACCGAGUCAAGAUAUCUCUUUUAUCUUCAUUUUUUAAAAAUUUUAUUUUAAACUUUGAAAAUACGAAUGUAAACAACGGAAAAGGUUGCCCUUAACUCAUGACAUAAGCUAAACGAGAAUUAAUGCUUUAAAUGUAUUUUACCCUGUGUGUAUAUGGAAUUAUAUUAAAUUAUGCAAUUUAUUUAUGAAAAGACAAACAAAGCUCAGUCCACUUGAUGUAUUAAAGAAAUAUUUGUAUCCAUUUUAGGAAUGUCAGAACCUCUUGAGCAGAUACGGAAGCGUUAAUUUGGAGUUGGUGACUCGAAUUAUCAGAGAUGGAGGGCCUUGGGAAGAUCCUAUAUUACAAGCUGUCCUUAAAGCAAAGCCAGUUUCUCAGGAGUUGGGUACUAAACUUUUUUCCAUAAAUAGACCAAAAUAGUACCACAAAGAAAUGUCCUAAAUCAUGAUAUCUGCUUAUAAUUUUAUGUAACUUCAUUUGCAGGUUGUCUGUCACUCAUUUUAUACUGGGGAUAGCAGGGUAGAAUUGACAUUUAUAAUUUCAUUAUUUUUCCCCCCAAAACGGAAUUUCUCUUCCUCCCUGCUGUAUCAUUAUUCCCAGGGCAGCUGACAGUUAUGGAAAAGAAAGAAAAAAGAACACCCCAUAAAAUCACAUAACAGAAUAAAAUGAAUUGCCAUGGAAAUUAAAAGACACGGGUGGAAUAAGUGCCCUGUGUUAUUCUUAAUAUGAGCACACUAGUCUUGCCCUAUUGGCCACUUAUACAUGUGGAGCUUUCAAUUUCUGUGUAUUGCUCCUGAUGAGCAAAGAGUUCAAAGAACAACUCCAUGCAUUUCCCCCAGUUGUCUAUACAAAUCUUCCCCUCACUCAAUUGUGAAACAUUCGCUUGUAUCGGAGUUUGAAAUGCAAUUGUAAUGAAGAAUAUUGCAGUAAAAGGCUUACAGUUGUCAUUAAACAGUCACUGGGGCUGAGUUAAUAUGAAAGAGGCAUGUGGCAGUGGAGGUGAUAUGCUAUUUCCUGUUAAUGUAAGAAUUUUUAUACUGACACCUAACUGACCUCAUUCUAUUAUUAAUCUAGAUAUUUUACCAAUUUUUUUUUAUUAAAUUUGGUAGUUUGUUACAGAAAAAACAUACUUAGUACAGGUAAAAAUACAGUAUAAUAUAACCAGAUUUACACAAAAACAUAUGCAAUACAUAAAUAUCCAAAGCAAUUUGUUGGGAGGUUGACCUAGCAUAAUUUGUUAACUUUAACAGAAGCUCUUACCUUACAUCUUUAUAAAAUAGAACUUUUUGUUUAACCUAUGUUGCAAUUUAAGAUUUUUGUAAUCUAACUGUUUUUUUCAUUUGUUUUUACCAGUUAACAAAUAUUUAAGCUCUGAAAACCCACUGUUCUUUGAAUUGCGUGCCAGAUACCUUAUUGCCUGUGAACGCAUCCCAGAGGCAAUGGCUCUAAUCAAAUCUUGCAUGAAUCAUCCAGAUAUUAGUAAAGACCUUUACUUCCAUCAAGCAUUUUUCAUGUGUCUUUAUAUGUCACCACUGGAAGACCAGCUUUUUCAAGAGGUACUGUUCAACACAUUUUUGUGCUUAACAAUAUAGCUUAAUGUUUUGAUGAUAAUUGAUAUUUGAUAAUUGAUAUUACAGCAAAGUAGACAAAUGGUAAAACAAGGAUGUUUUAAAAUCAAAUUCCUGCACUAAAUAUCAAACUUUGUACAGAAUAUAAUUUCUGAAGAGCAAUAGAAGCUGUUUCCAUCCUAAUGCUAGCAUUGCACUACCCCUACUCCAGAACUGGAUGUUCAUAGUUGGUGUGAUGGGGGCCAUAUAGAAGUAAAUGGAGAGGUGAAAUUGAUGGGACCAAAUUGCAAGCAGUUCCUGAUGAGAUCCAUGUUUUCUCAUGGCGUGGGGGGGGGGAGUGAGAGAAAACGGUUUAUAGUGUUAAUUAAUGUUAUUUAAAACAUAAAACAGUUUUAAAACAUGUUAGGCUGGAACAGUAUUAAUUGUUAGUCUUCUCAAUGGAAUCCCAUAGCAGUGGCACUAAAUUUCCUGCAACACUGACAACCAUGCUGCUGAAAGCUAGUGCCUUCUUUUCCUUGCGAGUUAUUGAAAUGCUGUAUGUAAGGUUAAAGGUAAAGGACCCCUGGAUGGUUAAGUCCAGUCAAAUGCAACUAUGGGGUACAGCCCUCAUCUCACUUCGGGCUGAGGAAGCCGGCAUUUGUCUGCAGACAUCUUUCCGUGCUAUGUGGCCAGCAUGACUAAACUGCUUCUGGUGCAAUGGGACACCAUGACGAGUGCCAGAGUGCAUGGAAAUGCCAUUUACCUUCCCAUCACAGUAGUACCUAUUUAGCUACACGUACUGCUAUGUUUUUGAACUGCUAGGUUGGCAGAAGCUGGAACAGAACAACAGGAGUUCACCCCUCGCGCGGAUUCAAACUGCCAACCUUCCGAUUGGCAAUCCCAAGAGACUCAGUGGUUUAGACCUUGUUCAGAAACAGUGUUGAUGCAGAAAAAAUGUAUGCCUCAGGCAGUGAUGAAUCUAAAACAUAGUCUCCAAUUCUCUAAAUAGUCAUCUUAUACACAGAUGGCAUGCAUACAUUAGGCAUUUUUUCUGGAAUUAAAAUAAUACUUGAUACUAUCUUUCUCAGUCACUCUGCUACAAAACUAAUAAGGUAGCAAUUUUUACUGUGUUACAAUCUAUAGUUUUACAUAGGGUUGAAUAAAAAUACAUCAAUUUACAGCAAGUUAUAGUUUACUGCUAAACUUCCAUCACAAGUUUCUGUAUGUGUUAAUAUUAUGAAGUUAUUUUUUUAUCCCUUUUAAUGUUGUUACUGAGCUUUUUUGGGAUGCAUUUUACUGAAAUCAAAUUGCCAAACUAGCUGCUUACAAGGGUCAAAUAUAUGUUGCAUAGAAACUGCCUUAAUAUACUUUCAUUCUAAAAUAAAAAUCUAGGCAACAUUCCCAAUCCUAACCCAAAAUAAAAUUGGCAUUCAUAUUUGACAGCAAUCGCUCUAGUAGCAGCAGUUUGAGGAUUCCAAUUACUGUUAAAUGGUGAGCAUUAAUGUUACUAGACUUACUCAAAUGGAUCUCAUUUUGAUUGUAUAGCACUUGCUGAGGACUGAUUGCAAGAAUGGCACUGAAAUCAUCUGCAACAUUGCAAAGGAAGGGAAGACUGCCUUAGCCUUGUACCUUUGUGAAUCAUUCCUUAUUCCACAGCUCAAAAAGGGAGAGAUGUAUUGCAUAUGGUAAAUACUUUAUCUCUCAUAAUAUUCUGUUAUGGUAACAUAAUAUCUGCAGGUUGUAGAUUCAUAUUGCUACUAAAGACUAGUAGAAGUAUAACUUAUAGUUGUAACUAAUACAUAGUCAAGAUUUCACUUUUCAGAAUUGCUGUUGAAGAUACCCGUACAGCAUGGGAUAUACUGCAUAUUCUCUCUCUCUCUCUCUCUCUCUCUCUCUCUGUGCGCGCGUCUGUGUUUAUAAUCCUGAGUUAUAUGUAAAUUACUGUGUUCUUAGUAGCAUAAUUACUCUUUUAUAAAUAUUUCACUUACAGAAUUGCUGUUUGAGCUUCUUGCUAACAAACCACUUUCUGUUUUAUAGGGAGCUGAUCUUUAUUUGGAGUAAACUGCAGCUUAAAUCUAAUCCAUCAAAACAAGUAUUUGUAGAGCAAUGCUACCACCUCCUAAGGAUAGCUACAAACAUAAGAGUUAUAUUCCCUUUCAUGAAAGUUAUUAGGGAUGAAGUAAGUUAUUGUUUCUUGCAAACUUCUUUUUUUUAAAAAAAUACUAGAUUCCACCACGGCUAUGAAUAAUUAUUGUACACAGAGUACAGUUGCAUAAUAGAACUUUUAGUUUAAAUGUCAGGAAAUUGUUUAUAGAUGCUGCAACUGAGAUAGGAGCAUUGCAGACAUAACUCUUAAUCAUAAUUAAUGCUAACCACUAUUUUAAUCCUGGUUAAGAUCCAAAACAUACAGUGAAAUCAUGGUUUAGUUUGCAGCAGAAAUGUACACAGUGCCACUAUUGAAACUUGUAGUUCUUUGUCUGUAUAGGGACAUAAGAUCAAGUGGUGUUUAAACAGAAACUUUGAAGAUUGUUUUUAUUGCAUCUAGCUUGUUAGUUUUUUGCAUUCUGUAAAUUUAUUUGAGAAAAAUGCAUUUAAAAAAUAAUAAUCUUCCAGUGUUACUUGUCUAUAUUGCCAUUGUUACUUAUGCCAUCAAGUAUUAAUUCAAUAACUUUAUUAUUCAUUUCAUUGCACUAUAAUGUAGGCAUACUUCAAUAAGAUGCAUACAUUAUAUGUGCAUCUGAAGAUUCUGUGUUGCACCAUAAGGGAAAUAUGUCUUUUCCUCACUUUUACAUCACCAUGAAAGUACAACCAGAAGUAUUACUUCCUUCUAACAUACAGAGGGGCAACUUGGUGCUUUCAGAGGUCUCCUUUAUAAAUCUGUAACAGUUGUGUGAGUAUAUGGGAGGCUGCUGUAGCCUCAGGCCAUCAGUCUAGCUCAUAUCAAGGAAGACAACUUCAUUGGCCCUUCCCCUGAUGUAAUACUCCAAUUGAAGGCUUGGUAUAAUAGUCAUGGUGUAAUAGAAAACAAUAACUGUUGAUUAAGAACGUAACAUGGCAAAAAUAAUACUUUGGGGCUAAACAGAAACUUUUUUUUAAACAACAUAUUUGGCAGGGAUGUUCAUGCCUGCUUCAUUCAGUAUAUUAUAAUCUGUAAAUAGCUGUAGAAUAUUAUGAGAUGUAGAAGGAUCCCAGUAAAUUGGAUUGUCUUUGUGUUCUGGGUUUUGAAAACAUUGGUAAGUUAUAUUGUCUCAUUUCUUUUCCAUAGGUUGGCAAAGAAGGCCUGCAGAUUUGUGUAGAGAUAUGUGGAAGUGCUCUCCAGUUGGAUCUCCGUGAUGAUCCAAAAAUGAAGUGUCUGAUAUAUAAAACCAUUGCUCACUUUUUGCCAAAUGACUUGGAGAUUGUCAGAAUAUGUGCUCUUUCUGUCUUUUUCCUUGAGCGCACCUUGGAAUCAUAUAGCACAGUUGAACAUCUGUAUAAAUGUGCGGAUGAAGAGUACAACGAUCAAACCAGUUCUGUACAGAAUCGUGUGCGUUUUGAGCUGCUUCCAAUUUUGAAAAAGGGCUUGUUCUUUGAUCCCGAGUUCUGGAAUUUCUUGAUGAUCAAGCAGAACUGUUUAGCACUGCUAAAGGAGAAAGCAUCUGUUGAUUUGAAUAAAACUACGCCAGGGCAUUCUUCCGCACAUGUUUCAAAGACACGUCGAGGAUUGCGUGGUGAUCAAGCCUGUAUAGCUGAUGUAAACAACACAGAACUAGAGCAUGAUAGCCCUUCUGGAGCACAUGAUAAUUCCAAGAAAAACCAUAUAACUCUCAGCUCAUCUAAAGUCGAUCACAAUGUACCAAGGCACCGUUGUGUGUUAUGUAACAGGGAAUUUCUUGGUGGUCACAUUGUGAGGCAUGCACAAGCUCAUCAGAAAAAAGGCAGUUUUUCCUGUGUAAUGUGUCGCAGGAAAUUCAGGCAAAAAGGAAUAAUGCUCAAGCACUUAAAGAAUCACAUCAAGAAAAUGACAAGGCGUCACCUUGCUGUUACUUGUCAUGAUCAGGAAACCCCUAAUGUAAAUGAAAUAAACUGUGCCGAUACAGGUGUCACAACUGAAAAUGGGAAAUCGGAAAGCUGCAAAGACAGCAAAGUAGAGGUUGUCAUCAUACCGGAUACAAAUCAGGAGAUGCAGAAUUCUGAACUCCUAUUUGAUAUAACUGAAAAUCAUGAUAGUUGCCAGGGUACCAUUAUUGAAAAUGGUAGUUGUGAUAGCUGUUCAAAUAAUACUCCUGAACCAGAAACCAUGGGAGGAUUUCCAGAAAGUGAUAGCAACCUAAAUAAAGAGUUGCCUGUUCUUCAUAAAGUAAAUGGUGUGUUAUGCCCUCAGAAUGACUUUGACAUUAUGGACCAAGCAGGUAACUUCAAGUGUCCUGCUAAUGGCUGUAUUAGAGUCUUUAAAAAGAUAAGAUUUCUGAAUAAACAUGCCCGGAAAGCUCACCCCUCUGAUUUGAAGGUGCAAGAACACAUAAUGAAGUCUAAUAAAGGAAAAUGUCGCUUCUGUCAGAGAAAGUUUUUUGAUUCUCAACAUUUUAUUGAUCAUCUAAAGCAGCAUGUUUAUCCAAAUGUUUAUUUUUGUUUACACUUUAACUGCAAUCAGAGAUUUAAGCUAUCCACAGAACUUGCGGAGCAUAUAAAAAGCCACAGUGAGUUUAAAGCUCAGUGUAACUUUGCACAGUGCGGUAAACUUUUUGAAGAUCUUUCGUUGCUGUAUGAGCAUGAAGCUCAACAUUAUUCCAACAAAACUGGUCCUUUGGAAGAAGCUGAUGAAAACAUUUUUUCAGAUACUACUUUGGAAUCCCAGUGUAGCAUCCAGGAAAAAGAAAGUAGUAAUAGUAAAAAGGAGACUGUAAUAGACUUGCCAGUUCCAACAUGGAAAGCGAGGAAAGAUUCUACAGAACCAAAGACUUACAUUCAGAGUGAGAAGAAAAUUAAUAGUGUAAUUCCGAAUGGGAAUGAAAAUGCAUGUGAAGGUAUUGCUACAGUGGUGAACUUGAUAGACCAAAAGAUACCUGCGGUAGAGCCAAAUUCAGAGAACUGUAAUGUUACUGACCAACUAGUCAAUGGGUAUGGUGAACUGGAACAGACUUCUUCAGCAUCCCUAGAUACUGAUUCAGAAAGUAUGAUUGACAAAACAAGGACAGAAAAUGGAUCCGUUCUGCCUGUUUUACAGAACUCUCCUGAUACACCACCAAACAGUGUUGCUCAGUUGCCUUCCAAACCAAAUCUGAUAACAGAAAAUACUUCAUAUGGCUUAAUUUUAACAAAGCCUUUUGUUAGACCAUUGCCACCAAGUUACCUGGAUGAGCGAUACAUUAGCAUGCCAAAACGUAGAAAAACUUUGACUGAGAAAGUAGAUACCCAUUCAGAACAAGAUAAAACUAGUAGCAAAUUGGAAAGGUUAAGAUGCAGCAAAUGCCUGACCACCUACUGUAACUCAGAAGCACUUGAGCUUCACCUUGCACAAAAGAAAUGUCGGACACUCUUUGGAUUCGAUUCAGAUGAUGAAAGUAAGUUUUGAAAUACUAGGUCCAUGUAUAGUUGUAAAAGCAUUAGACAAGAUACAGUGGAAACAAGCAUGUGCCAGACAAAUAUUGAAAAUGAGUGCGGUACAUUUAAGGAGAAAUGAAUCCAAAAUGUUAGGGUAGAUAGAUGCAAGAAACAAUUGAAUAUAAGCUGUCAGAUUUAGAAUAUAGGCAAGCAAGUUAGUUUGAGUGAUUUUUUAAAGACAGUAUUCCAUACUUGUUAAGUAGCUGAAUUCCAGUAUAAAACAAGAAUAGAGAGUACCUCAUUGUGUAUACUGUAAACAUAAUAAUGUAAUAUUUGUUCACAGGUGCCUGAUCAAAUGUUGUGAGAAGAUUUCUCAGUGAAGAGUGAUGUGGUGGAGCACUACAAUAUUCUGCAUCAGUUGUCUUUCCCUUGUUGGCCUUAAUUAUAAGAAGUCUGAAGUUACUAAAGAAAAUCAUGAUCUUGCUCACUUGGGUCAGAUCUAAGUGACUGUAGGAACUGCAGAAUUUGAGUCCAGAAAAACUGUGUUAAAGCCCCCAAAGUACCAGUAAUCUAGAAGCCACAAGGUCCUACAUGAAGUUCCGGUGUAAGUAAGUUCAAAGUGCAGUAACAUACUGAGUGGGAACUAGGGAGAAACACAAGUGGUACAUGCCUCUUUCAGAUGUGCACAGUCAAAGGAAGCCUGUCUAUAUUAUAACAACUAUUUUGAGUCAUUCUAUUAAAUGUCCGUAUGCAUAAAACCCAGUCAAUUAAAAGUUCAUCUGUUUGUAGAGGUUGAUUAUUCUUAGCAUUGGCAUUUGGCUUAUAUUGUACUGUACUUUGGAAAGAGAACUUGUGAAUGUAACAGAAGAUCAGAACAUGGCCAUAUCCUGGUAAAAAUGUUAAGGCAUACAAAACAUGGAAGCAUGUCUCAAUCUAAUAUUUCAAAACACAAGCAAUUAAACUUCUUUCAAAUGCACCAACUUUCCUUUUUUUUUCAAUAUCUGACCCAUAGAUGACCUCUAUAAAGAAUGCAGGCGAAGUGAAAAAAAUUUAAGUACAGUGUUGGAUACAUGCAGUUUGAGGCUUAAAAGUAAAUGCAUAUGCUAUUGAAGGCAGCUGAACUUGACCUGGAAUAUAAAAUGAUUUUUUUAUUCAAAGUAUAGUUAUUAUGUUGGUACAGUUGAUAUCCUGAAAGACCAGUUUCCUCUAUAAAGUGAGCUACUUGGUGGUUGUUUUUUAAAAAGAUACAUUUCCAACUUUUCUAGAGUCCCACAAGAUUCAAAGUAGAUUGUCAAUCCUAGGAAUAAAAGCACUUGGCAAAAUAACUUCAUUCUUGGUGAAAGAGCAGGGAAUUAAACGAACAUACCCAUAUUGUAAUCAGUAUAGGAAUAUAUAAUUAUCUUUAUGAAACAGUUGCUUUUUUCUGAAAGAUUAUUGAGAUGUAUUUCAUUACAAAAUUUGUGGUAAAAAGUUUAGGACUCACUGUUUCUUUAGCUAACUGAAUGCCUGUAAGGACAAUUCGCACUGUGCCUUGAGAGGUGAAACUUUAACCAACCUCAUUCAUAACAUAGUAUAUGUAAAGACAGAGCAUUCAGAUUCAAAAUAAGAUCCAAACAAAUAUUUUCUUGAAUAAAUCAAUAUGCAAAUUUUCAUUUCAUGAAAGGUCACAUGUCAAGAGACUUUGCUAACCGCAGAUAUUUUGGAGACAUUUAUUUGGGUGGAGUGUAUGUUUCAAAGCAUUGAAUGAUGGUGUGUGAGUUAUCACAAUUUUAGGCAUUUCAACUUGUUGAUCAGGUUCACGUUGUUACCUCUUCUCAUCCAUAAAACAAGCGUAUUUCAGUGUUAAAAACAAAAGUUCCAUAAUCAAAUCUAGCCAAACCGGGGGGGGGGGGGGAGGAUGGAAUUAUGAUCUCACACAAACAUGCUUGUACACUAAAACUAUCAUUUAGUGUAUUGGACACCAAAGUAUGUGUUUAACCUUUGCAUGCAUUUGAGGUUAUUGACUUGGAUCCAGAUUUUUGUUGAGCCAUCGGUAUUACUUAAUCUACACUUAUUAAUUGCCUUCUAAACCACCAUCUCGGUGGUUUACACAGAAUAAUUUAAAGCAGUUAAAAACACAAAAACAGAAAAUACAGUUAAGACAAUACUAAAACCCUAACAAGUGGACCCUCAUAGCAAAGCCCCAGCUGGGAGAGCCUGCUGGAACAAAAAUGGCUUCAGCCAUUUCUGGUAAGUGCAGAUAGCGGGCACCUGUCAUAUCUCAACAGGAAUGCUGUUUCACAGAAGAGGCAGCCACAAUAAGAGCUCUGCUCUGAGUUAAUGUGGAGCAGGCUUCUGAAAUCCUUGGAACUUGUAGGAGGAACUCUAAUCUACUGGCUGUAUGUAAGAUAAGGCAGUUUCUCAAGUAACCUGGUCCUGAGCUGUAUAGGGACUUGUAUGUCAAUUCCAACACCUUGAACUUGGCAGAAAUUGCCUACUUUUCCUUCUGCCAGUGGGAACUUUGGAUCAGAGGUCUUUGAAGGAACCGUUUUGCAGAAGGCUUAGUUUGUAUUCUGCCCACUGUCAAAGCUGCUCUAGACUACUAAAAUAGCAAAAUUCAAUCCCAAUAUAAUCCAGAUUAUAAUAGCAGAUUUCUGUUAUGUAUAAAUUAUAAAAUAUUACUUUGCAUGGAAAUAACUCUCAUAGCACAUUACACAAAUGCCAUACCUGGGUUCUCUGCUUUUUACCACUUGAGAUCCAAUAUAACAUUUUUUGUUUUGUUUCUGUGUACCCUGGCACCCGUAAGUGUUUAGUAGUUUACAUUAAAUGGGAGUCAUUAACAAAUUUUGGAAUUUAACUGUGAUUUAGCUGGAAUCUGCUUGAUACCAUUACUAGAUUAGUAAAUAUUUUUUUCCUAUCAUUGGAAUAUUAAAAGUGGAAGUUCUCAUAAAUGGCAUUUAAUUCAGUGGAUUUCUGUCAAAAUGAAGAUAAUGACCAAGGAACAUAGCAAGAGUCCACAAGAGGUUGUUUUUCAACAGCUGGUAAUUCAGAAGCAUGUUGCCUUUGAUUCUGGACGUGGUAUAUAGCCAUCAUGACUAGUGGCCAUGACACUUUCAGUUUUCAAUAGUAUUCAUAUUCAGGUAGUCCUAGCCUUGUGUGUAUUGGCUUUUUUAUUUAUUUCUAGUUACAUUGCUAAAUUUGAAUGGAAGAGUAUUAGCGCUGUUCAAAAACCUGCUUCAGUGGCAUCACAUUGAGUAUCUUAAAAAAAAUAAAAUUAUUAUGCACUAUAUAAUCAAGUUGCUUUAAAAGACAACUGGGUUUUGCAGUGCUUUCCCUCCAGUUUAUGUGGAUAUUGUAGCUGUGAUACUUUAUCUGCUCUGCUGUUUUGUUGUUUUUUUGGAUAUGGACAACAAUCUUGGACACCUCUUUAGUUUGAAAUUGUUUAUUUUCUGUAAAUCACCAUAUAUUGGGUAUUCAAAAUUUGGCUUCCUCAGGAAUGAUUUCCUUUUUGAAGUUGAUGAAUUAUUUUCUAAAGUGUAGAAAAUCAGUCAAAAUAGCUGUAGGAAACAUUUUGUAAAAAAGAAAAAUUACCCUUCUCUUAAAUGUUUACUUUGCCUGUUGUAUCAAACCAUUUUAAAAAGAAAUUUUUAAAAUGAAUAUACCAUUACUUUUCAGUUAUUAUCUGAUCUCUUUGCUAUGCCACCACACAAAUGCUUUGGAUAUGUUUUAGUACUAGGACAGCAUGCCAUUGCAUUGCAAAAAGGACGGGUCUGCUGGCAGGUAUCUGAAUAUUUGGGAUUUCAGGCACCUUAAAACAGGAAUGCUUAAAAAUCAAGAUUGCAAACCCAAUCCGUGUGGCUUCUAAAGAAUAAGCUUACCGUAAACAGUGGCCAGAAUCUAGCAAACCCACUAACUGCAAAAUGCUGAGAGAGCAAGAGAGCUCAGGAUAACUUUCUGAUUUAGGGCUCAGGUUACAAAACCCAAUCUUAGGUUUUGGCUGUUUGUAGGCUGCCGCUGUUAAACUCAAUACAGGGAAUGGGAAACUUCAACCAACCAACCACCUGCAUGCCCCUGGUGAACUUCUUGAUUGUUCUGGGAAAUAAUUGGGAUCCCUUUUCUUGUUAACAUAGAACCAGCUUUAGAUGUACAAAGACUGAAGCUGCCGGGACCAUAUGGGGAGGAUUCCCCCCCACCCUCCAUGACCCUGUUCAGUCUUCCUUGUUUCAGAUUUUUGGCCCAAGGUUUGUUGGAUAGUGGAGAUUUGCUAAUUCAGAUAACGCAGUGAUAAAGUUAUUGAGAUGCAACCCCCUAGGGGCAAAUAUUUGAACUUUGUGUGCUUAAAACUGUUACAUAUGGAUAGUCUGCAUUCUAAGUAACUUAAAUAAGAAAAACCAUCGAACAAUUAUUAAUGGAUGGUGUUCCAUCUGUCUGUUUGUCCGCAGGACUGUAUUUCUCCAGCUGUUAAUGCCCCCCGCCUCCAAAAGGGACAGCACAAUAGAUAGUUGUUGUGAAGGGUUUACCCAGAGAAAUGUGCUGUGACAGGUGUUAGUCCCUUUCCAUCUCUACCUUACCCUAAUGUCAAGAGAAAAAGAAUGCCCACAGCCAUGGAAGUGUUACUGAACUCAUGACUAUCUUCUUGUCUUAAGAUUUAAAGGCUAGAAAACAUCACAGUGCCGUGUGUUCUAUGUUUCACCAGCUGGUGGCAAUAUUGGCAAUCUCCGCUUGCCCCAAUUAGGGUGACAAAUACAGAUUUCAUGGCUGACCAUGUUUUCUAAUUGAAUGCCCAGUAUCUAACUAUGCUAUCAUAUGGGAAAACUCUAUUAUUUUCAAGCAUUUUUGUUUAUUCUGACCCUCAGUUACAUAUCUGAUUAUCAGUUGUUCUUUAUUUUUUAGAAUAACUCUUAGUGCCUAAAAGGGUUCUAAACAAUACCCAACUGUUGGCUGUGUUUUCCAGAUCAGUUUCUUUAGGAUUUGAAAUACACUUAAAAAGGAUGUUCACAGGUUUGUUACUAUAUAAAUUUGGUUCAUUUUAAAGGAUAUGUAAAAAUCUAAUUGUAUUAUUUUCUGGGUAACCUUCCUCUACAACCAGUUUUCUAGAAAAAGUUGGAAAUAGGAUAUCUGUGGGAAAGGUCACUGGUACUUUGGUUAUUUAGCCAUAUUCGUUAAACAUCUAUAAAUUGUAUAGUUCGGAUCAUGUAUAACAAGAAGGUUCGGCGAUACUCUUUGUUUAACACCAAGGGGUAGGAUGAAACACUUAAAAGGGGUGUUUUUUUAUUUAUUUUGUACUGUAUAACACUUUGAUUAAAUGCAGUGUGUGCAUUUUGAGACUCUUACUUUGUAAAAGCUAUUACAGAUUCACCAAGAAAGGAAAUUUGUGCUUCCUUCUUGAAUGUUAAAUUAUUUUAUUUUGCAUUUUAUAUGAAUACAAAUUAAAACUGAGCCAUCAAACUGCAAUAAAUCAACAGUAGUGUUUCCAUUUUAAACUUUUUGUAUUGUAAAUAGAACUGUUCAAUAAAAUAUUGUCUGUUAUU